UUGGGGAAACCAGAUGAUGUCAUGGAGUACACUGCGCGUGUGUGAAAGCUGGGGUGUCCCAUGCUAUUUCGGUAUUUCGGUUUCGUUGUACUGUAUGCUGACAAGUUCUAAAAAAUAGAUCUAGGCGUCAAAAUUUGCUAGUUUUCAACUCUGCUGACUGUUUUGAGGUUCAGAAUGUAGGCAGAGCACGGUUACGUCCUCUGACGUCAUCGGUGUGUUGGUUAUCAUCGUGUUGGUUUGGUCGUCUCGUUGGCAUAGAUCAUUCAGUAUGGAUGGCUUGAAAAGAGUGGUCGAAACCACGCGAAGUGAUUUUUUUCUGCUCUUGCCAAUGUUAUUGUGUAUACGCGCUUUUAAUUUGGAUACGGAGAACACUAUUGCUAGAGGAAUGGAUUCGUCGGUUACCGGUGGCCGUGACUUUGCUUUUGGAGUUUCAGUGACUAUUCAUCAGACGGAAAGUGGAUUUAGUAUGUUGGUUGGCGCUCCGAAGUCGGAGUCAAGAAACCACGCGGAUUCCUCUAGACGUGGUGCUGUUUACAGUUGCUCUAUAAUGAAAAAUGAACCAUGUGAAUAUAAAGAGUUGGAGGAGCAGCUGAAUGUUGGUGUAUUGCUAGCAGCCCAGUUUGACAGAGGUGAUGAGUUAUUUGGACAAACUUUAAUGAGUUCAAACGGCAACCUUGUGGUUUGUGCACCUCGGUUUAAACUUAAUAGCAGUCUUGAUGUUGAUGGACUGCUUAUUCCAAGUUUUUACCCAGUUGGUAGAUGUAUGCUGUUUAAUCAGAACUUGCAAUUGGAAAGUGUCUUUUCUCCCACUACAACUUUGGCUGGCUCUGAUCUACCUGGCCAGGCAUACAUUCAGGGACAGUUUGGCUUUAGUUUGUCUAUUGAGGGUGGCAAUGAUAUGAUAGUUGGCUGUCCUCGUUGCUGGAAUGAAAGAGGUAAGUAUUAGGUGUUGUUUGUCAUAAUGGAUAGUAAUUUGAGAUUGUGUGUCUAUUUGCUAUUUCUUUUAUUUACUGAUUUAGUGAUAAAGCUACUUGUGGCUUUGGUAUAGCACUUCGGUGAUGUUGCCUUGGGGUGCAUUCGUUUA